AUGAAGAUAAUUACAUAUUUUUGCAUUUGGGCAGUAGCAUGGGCCAUUCCAGUUCCUCAAAGCAAACCACUGCAGAGACAUGUCGAAAAAUCCAUGAAUUUGCAUCUCCUAGCAAGAUCAAAUGUGUCAGUACAGGAUGAGUUAAAUGCCAGUGGAACCAUCAAAGAAAGUGGUGUCCCGGUGCAUGAAGGUGAUAGAGGAAGGCAAGAGAAUACCCAAGAUGGUCACAAGGGAGAAGGGAAUGGCUCUAAGUGGGCAGAAGUAGGAGGGAAGAGUUUUUCUACAUAUUCCACAUUAGCAAACGAAGAGGGGAAUAUUGAGGGCUGGAAUGGGGACACAGGAAAAGCAGAAACAUAUGGUCAUGAUGGAAUACAUGGGAAAGAAGAAAACACCACAGCAAAUGGCAUCCAGGGAAAAGUAAGCAUCAUUGACAAUGCUGGAGCCACAAACAGAAGCAACACUAAUGGAAAUACUGAUAAGAAUACCCAAAAUGGGGAUGUUGGCGAUGCAGGUCACAAUGAGGAUGUCGCUGUUGUCCAAGAAGAUGGACCCCAAGUAGCUGGAAGCAAUAACAGUACAGACAAUGAGGAUGAAAUAAUUGAGAAUUCCUGUAGAAACGAGGGUAAUACAAGUGAAAUAACACCUCAGAUCAACAGCAAGAGAAAUGGGACUAAGGAGGCUGAGGUAACACCAGGCACUGGAGAAGAUGCUGGCCUGGAUAAUUCCGAUGGGAGUCCUAGUGGGAAUGGAGCAGAUGAGGAUGAAGACGAGGGUUCUGGUGAUGAUGAAGAUGAAGAAGCAGGGAAUGGAAAAGACAAUAGUGAUAACAGUAAGGGCCAGGAGGGCCAGGACCAUGGGAAAGAAGAUGAUCAUGAUAGUAGCAUAGGUCAAAAUUCGGAUAGUAAAGAAUAUUAUGACCCUGAAGGCAAAGAAGAUCCCCAUAAUGACGUUGAUGGAGACAAGACCUCCAAGAGUGAGGAGAAUUCUGCUGGUAUUCCAGAAGACAACGGCAGCCAAAGAGUAGAGGACACCCAGAAGCUCAACCACAGAGAAAGCAAACGUGUAGAAAAUGGAAUCACCAAAGAAUCAGAGCCACACACUGUUGGGAAGAGCCAAGAUAAGGGAAUAGAAAUCAAGGGUCCCAGCAGUGGCAACAGAAAUAUUACCAAAGAAGUUGGGAAAGUCAAUGAAGAUAAAGAGGAUAAAGGACAACAUGGAAUGAUCUUGGGCAAAGGAAAUGUCAAGACACAAGGAGAGGUUGUCAACAUAGAAGGACCUGGCCAAAAAUCAGAACCAGGAAAUAAAGUUGGACACAGCAAUACAGGUAGUGACAGCAAUAGUGAUGGAUAUGACAGUUAUGAUUUUGAUGAUAAGUCCAUGCAAGGAGAUGAUCCCAAUAGCAGUGAUGAAUCUAAUGGCAAUGAUGAUGCUAAUUCAGAAAGUGACAAUAACAGCAGUAGCCGAGGAGAUGCUUCUUAUAACUCUGAUGAAUCAAAAGAUAAUGGCAAUGGCAGUGACUCAAAAGGAGCAGAAGAUGAUGACAGUGAUAGCACAUCAGACACUAAUAAUAGUGACAGUAAUGGCAAUGGGAACAAUGGGAAUGAUGACAAUGACAAAUCAGACAGUGGCAAAGGUAAAUCAGAUAGCAGUGACAGUGAUAGUAGUGAUAGCAGCAAUAGCAGUGAUAGUAGUGAGAGCAGUGACAGUGACAGCAGUGAUAGCAACAGUAGCAGUGAUAGUAGUGAGAGCAGUGACAGUGACAGCAGUGAUAGCAACAGUAGCAGUGAUAGUGACAGCAGUGACAGUGACAGCAGUGAUAGCAACAGUAGCAGUGAUAGUAGUAAUAGUGACAGUGACAGCAGUGAUAGCAGUGACAGUGAUAGUAGUGACAGCAGCAAUAGCAGUGACAGUAGUGACAGCAGUGACAGUGACAGCAGUGAUAGCAACAGUAGCAGUGAUAGUAGUGAUAGCAGUGACAGUGACAGCAGUGAUAGCAGUGACAGUGAUAGUAGUGACAGCAGCAAUAGCAGUGACAGUAGUGACAGCAGUGAUAGCAGUGACAGUAGUGAUAGUAGUGACAGCAGUGAAAGCAAGUCAGACAGCAGCAAAUCAGAUAGCAACAGCAGUGAUAGUGAUAGUAAGUCAGACAGCAGUGACAGCAACAGCAGUGACAGUAGUGACAACAGCAGUGACAGCAACAGUAGUGACAGCAGUGACAGCAGCAAUAGCAGUAACAGCAGUGAUAGUGACAGCAGUGAUAGCAGUGACAGCAGCAGUAGCAGUGACAGCAGCAACAGCAGCGAUAGCAGUGACAGUAGUGACAGCAGCAAUAGUGACAGCAGCAAUAGCAGUGAGAGCAGUGAUAGUAGUGACAGCAGUGAUAGUGACAGCAGUGAUAGUAGCGACAGCAGCAAUAGCAGUGACAGCAGUAAUAGUGACAGCAGCGAUAGCAGUGACAGCAAUGACAGCAGCAAUAGCAGUGACAGCAGUGAUAGCAGCAACAGCAGUGAUAGCAGUGACAGCAGUGACAGCAGUGACAGCAGUGAUAGCAGUGACAGCAGCAACAGCAGUGACAGCAGUGAUAGUAGUGACAGCAGCGAUAGCAGUGACAGCAACGACAGCAGCAAUAGCAGUGACAGCAGUGAUAGCAGCAACAGCAGCGAAAGCAGUGACAGCAGCGAUAGCAGUGACAGCAGCGAUAGCAGUGACAGCAGUGAUAGUGACAGCAGCAAUAGCAGUGACAGCAGUAAUAGUAGUGACAGCAGCGAUAGCAGUGACAGCAGCAAUAGCAGUGACAGCAGCGAUAGUAGUGACAGCAGCGACAGCAGUGACAGUGACAGCAACGACAGCAGCAAUAGCAGUGACAGCAACAGCAGUGACAGCAACGACAGCAGCAAUAGCAGUGACAGCAGUGAUAGCAGCAACAGCAGCGAUAGCAGUGACAGCAGUGAUAGCAGUGACAGCAGUGACAGCAGUGAUAGCAGUGACAGCAGUGAUAGCAACAGCAGCAAUAGCAGUGACAGCAGUAAUAGUAGUGACAGCAGCAAUAGCAGUGACAGCAGCAACAGCAGUGACAGCAGUGAUAGCAGCAACAGCAGCAAUAGCAGUGACAGCAGCAACAGCAGUGACAGCAGUGAUAGCAGCAACAGCAGCGAUAGCAGUGACAGCAGUGAUAGCAGCAACAGCAGCGAUAGCAGUAACAGCAGUGAUAGCAGCAACAGCAGCGAUAGCAGUGACAGCAGCAACAGCAGCAAUAGCAGUGACAGCAGUGAUAGCAGCGACAGCAGCGAUAGCAGUGACAGCAGUGACAGCAGCGAUAGCAGCGACAGCAGUGACAGCAGUGACAGCAGUGAAAGCAGUGAUAGUGACAGCAGUGACAGCAGCGACAGCAGUGACAGCAGCGACAGCAGUGAUAGCAGUGACAGCAGCGACAGCAGUGACAGCAGCGAUAGCAGCAACAGCAGUGACAGCAGCGACAGCAGUGACAGCAGUGACAGCAGCGACAGCAGCGACAGCAGUGACAGCAAUGACAGCAGUGACAGCAGUGAUAGCAGUGACAGCAGCGACAGCAGUGACAGCAGCGAUAGCAGUGACAGCAGUGACAGCAGCGAUAGCAGUGACAGCAGUGACAGCAGCAACAGCAGCGACAGCAGUGAUAGUGACAGCACAUCUGACAGCAAUGAUGAGAGUGACAGCCAGAGCAAGUCUGGUAACGGUAACAACAAUGGAAGUGACAGUGACAGUGAAGGCAGUGACAGUAACCACUCAACCAGUGAUGAUUAG